AUGAACAAGCCGCGAAGAAAAUAUAAAGAUUACGAUGAGAGCUUACUAAACAUUGCUGUAGGUCUCGUCGAAAAUAAAAAUAUUACUUCAUACGACGCUGAGAAACAAUUUGGUAUCCCUCGCCGCACGAUUUUAAAUAAAGUAAAACAAAAACACACGAAAAAAGUCGGAUGUCCCACCAAACUGCCACCAGCUGAUGAACAGAAAAUAGUCAGUUGUUUAAUUCUUUGUGGAGAAUAUGGGUAUCCUAUUACUAGCUUUGAAUUAAGAUCAAUCGUACAUGAUUACUUAAUCAAAAAUGGACUCAGUAAUAUUUUUAACUAUAAAGUGCCGGGUCAGAAGUGGGUAAGAAACUUCUUGAAACGCCACAAAAAUGUCCUGACGGUGCGUUCUACAAAUAAUAUUAAAGAAUCCCGAGCCAGUAAGAGUGUAAAGGACUACAAUACAUAUUUUGAAAAUUUGAAGAUUUCAUUGCAUAAUGUCAAACCAGAUCAUAUAGUGAACUAUGAUGAGACCAACUUUUCCGAUAACCCAGGAUCUCAAAAAUGCAUAUUUAAAGCAGGUACUAAAUACCCAAACAAAACACUAAACAAUACCAAGACGGCGAUAUCUGUUAUGUUCUCAGCUACGGCAAGUGGAGAAAUUUUCCCACCAUAUGUCGUAUACAAAGCAGACAAUUUGUGGACAAAUUGGUGUGCAAACGGGCCUGAAGGAACCAGAUACAACAAAACCAAAUCUGAAAAAAACAUAAUUAGCGGAUUUCGUGCUGCUGGGAUACACCCCAUUAAUCCAGAAGCUAUAUUAAAGAAAUUGCCAGAUUAUCGUAGGCCACAAGCAAACAUUACUUACGAUGAGACUUUUGUCAAUUAUUUGAAAGGUUUAAGAAACCCGGCGAACCGGCAAAUAAGAAAUACAAAUAAAAAAAUAUUUAUAGAGCCUGGAAAAUCAGUAACUGUUACCGAUCUCGUAAAUGAAAAAACUCGAAAACGAAAAGCACCAGAUACAACUCUUAGUAACGCAAAAAGACUCAAUCCUAAGAAGAAUAUCAUCCCCAAAGAAAUCCAAUUACAGGAAGACGUGAAAGAAACACAUUCAACUAUUGCAGAUUCUUUGAUUAUAUAUAAUCAAAGUGUGGGUUAUACUUUUGACAAUGUCUCAUUACACGUUAGACGAGAUUCGUCAUCCGAUGCUGACAAUAACCAACUUAUGACUAAUUUGAUAGUAAAUGCUGAAAUACAUCAAAAACAUGGAGAUAUGGAAUUAUCUGACCAGAAAAAUACCAAAAGUAUUUACAACGUUCAACCAGGCGUUAUUGUGAAUGUUGAUAAAAAUUUAUGUUUAUCAAAUGACCGGACUUUAUUCAAAAAUAUUUCUAACUUUGGUGCAACUACAUCAAAUGAAACUAUGACGAAAAGCCGAAUUCUCUCCAAUGUAAUUAUAAAAUCCCCAGAUAGAAUCUCAUUUGAUGAUAGUAUUUCAGAUGACUAUACUAAGCAGGAAAAGGUGUUUCCAAAAAGUAGGAGCAAUCAAGGUUCGAGUUCAGAAAGCUCAGGAAUGUAUACUGUGCAUGAUUCGUCUUGUGAUGAACAUUUUCUUCCAUCUUUCAGUGACACGGAAACGUACAUAGACGAAAUGUAUGAAGAAUUGGAACAAAAUAAUGAUAAAGAAAAUGAUAUGUAUGAAAUAGGAAUUGAUAAAUAUGUUCUUGUUAAAUUUUCAACAUCAAAGUUGGCUAAAUAUUAUAUUGGUCUAGUAAUCAAGUACAACGAUUUGGAGCGCGUAUAUACUAUAAAAUACUUAAGAAAAAAUUCAAAAGGUACAUUUUACUGGCCACUAGUAGAUGAUGUCUCAGAAAUAACUUUACUUGAUGUAGAAAAAACGUUGCCAAAUCCACAAGUUGGACGUAGAGGGACAUUAAAGUUUGAUUUAGAUAAUUUAGGUGUUCCUUUGUCAAACAUUUAUUGA